AUGAAGUUUUCUCAUAGUAUCCAGUUCAAUGCGGUGCCGGACUGGAGCACACAUUACAUCGCAUACAGCAACCUCAAGAAGCUCAUCUACCAGCUCGAAAAGGUCAUCCACCUGGCAUCCGGCGGUGAUGGCGAGUCGCGCCCGCUGAUUCAACAUGAAGACCCCGAAAUCGUCUUCGUUCGAGCCCUGGAUGUCGAGCUGGAAAAGGUCUUGUCCUUCUAUACUGUCAAGGAGAGGGAGCUGUUUGAGGAGGUACAGAACCUCUUGCGCGACGUCGACGCAUUCGAUGAGCAGUCUGGUGACACCGACCAAGAGCGCCAACUUCGUCCCCCUACCCGUGGCAGCGAACAACAGAGACCUUUGCGAGCCCGGAGCGAAAGUCUGCCGAGCCGGGCCUCGACUGACGACGGUUCCAACAGCGACCAGAGCGACAAUGAGAACACCGGCCUGAACACACGGGGGAAACAGAGGCGGUUGAGCACGGGGAGGCGAAAAUCUAGCACCGUUAUCCCUGGACACAUGAUGUCCUCCAUUGGCGACAUGACAGCCUCUACAGAAAUGACGAGGUCUCGCAGGUUCAGCACUACCUUCGACGACGACUAUGCCGAGCAGGCUGUCUUGUUCUCCUCGGGCAUCAUGCUCAAGAAGAGGAUCAUCAACCUCUACGUCCAGCUGUGCGAGCUCAAGUCGUACAUCCAGCUGAACAGGACGGGCUUUAGCAAGGUCCUGAAAAAGUUCGACAAGAUCGUUGACAGACAGUUGCGUUCCAAGUACAUGGACACCUUCGUUGAUACCGCAUACGCCUUUCGUCCAGAGACCACCAAGACCUUGGAAGAACAGAUUCACCUGAUGGUCCACGCAUACAUGGACAUCGUUACUCAGGGUGACGAGGCGGCGGCCACGCGUGAUUUGCGAUCGCACCUUCGAGAGCACGUCGUCUGGGAACGAAACACGGUCUGGAGAGAGCUUAUCGGUAUGGAGCGGCGAGCUGAAGCCGCAAGUCUGGGACAUACUCUUCUAGCGCGAGAUACCGACCCAACCAGCCACCGUCUCCAGGGCGACGACGAGCUGGUGUUGCCGACCAAGGAAAUCGCAACACCGCUUGGUCGCUUCAGAUUGCCUGCUUGGCUAGUCAGCUCAACUCUGAUGACUCUCAUCAUCAUCUUUGCCAUCUUCUUCGCCCUGCUCUUCAUGCCCAUCAUGAAGAAGCCCGAGCAGCAAAAUUGCCUGGCAUUGCUGGUAUUUGUCAGUUUGCUCUGGGCUACCGAGGCCAUUCCCCUUUUCGUCACCUCGCUCAUCAUACCUUUCCUCUGCGUUGUUCUUCGAGUCUUCCGCGAUGCCGACAAGCCCCAUCACAGACUGGGUGCCAAGGCGACUACGGAUGCUGUCUUCUCGGCCAUGUGGACGCCUGUCAUUAUGCUCCUGCUUGGUGGCUUCACUCUCGCAGCGGCUCUCUCCAAGUGCGGUAUCGACAAGCGCAUAGCGACUUUUGUUCUCAGCAAGGCAGGAACACAACCUAGGACGGUCCUCAUUGCCAACAUGGCUGUGGCCGCAUUCGCCAGUAUGCUGAUCAGCAACGUCGCCGCUCCUGUCCUCUGCUUUGGCAUCAUCGAGCCCAUGCUUCGCAACCUCCCAGCUGGUUCCAACAUGUCCAAAGCCGUCAUCAUGGGCAUUGCCCUCGCCUCCAACGUAGGCGGCAUGCUCUCACCCAUUGCCUCCCCGCAAAACAUUGUCGCUAUUGGCUUGAUGGAGCCUCCUCCUACUUGGGGAGAAUGGUUCUUCAUCGUCAUCCCCGUUGGCGUCAUCUCCCUGCUUCUCAUCUGGGUCCUCCUGCUCCUCACCUUCCAGCCGGGCAAGGGUACCUCCAUUGUGCCCAUCCGCCCCGUCAAGGACCGCUUCACGGGCGUGCAGUGGUUCGUCACCCUUGUGACCGUCGCCACCAUCGGCCUGUGGUGCGCCUCUCACCAGCUCGAAGCCGAGUUUGGACAUAUGGGCGUCAUUGCCAUUAUUCCCAUUGUCUUAUUCUUCGGCGUCGGCAUCCUCACCAAGGCAGAUUUUAACAACUUCCCCUGGACCAUCAUCAUCCUGGCAGCUGGUGGACUGGCACUCGGCAAGGCGGUUAACUCGUCUGGCCUGCUGCACACUGUCACCAGGCUGAUCACCGAGGAUGUCCAGGAUUUCAGCCUCUACGGUGUCCUGAUUGUCUUCUCGAGCUUGAUUCUGGUGAUUGCCACGUUCAUCAGCCACACUGUUGCGGCGCUGAUCAUUUUGCCGCUGGUGUACGAUGUCGGGAAGGGGUUAGACGAGCCGCACCCGAACUUGUUGGUCAUGGCGGGUGUAUUGAUGUGCAGUGCUGCUAUGGCGCUACCUACUUCAGGAUUCCCUAACAUGACCGCUAUCAUGAAGGAAGACCCAGCUGGCCAGCGAUACCUGCAAGUCAAGCACUUUAUUAGCCGUGGUGUGCCCAGCAGUUUGCUGACCCUGUUGGUGACCGUCACGGUUGGUUAUGCUGCUAUGAGGGUUGUUGGUAUGUAA